GCCCAAUCCUACCGCAGAGCCGCACUCCGCACUCAACAAACGAAUCACCUAUCUUAACCCUAAUCUGACUAACUAUAACUUUUUGUUUAUUUUUUAUAAAAUGGAUAUCGACACUAAAUUAGAGGAAUUGGCACUAAAACUUUUCCAGAUUGAUGCCAUUAAAUUUGGCGAAUUUUUGACUAAAAGUGGAAUAAAAACACCGGUGUAUUUUGAUCUAAGAGUUAUAGUCAGUUAUCCCGAUGUAAUGGAAUUAACAUCUUCUUUAUUAUUUAACUUCGCCAUGAAAGAUCGUGAUUAUAACCUCAUUUGUGGUGUACCUUAUACAGCAUUACCCAUAGCUACUUUGCUUAGUGUUCAAGCUAAAAAACCCAUGCUCAUGAGACGCAAAGAAGCGAAAUCUUAUGGAACCAAAAAAAUGAUAGAAGGCCAUUACAAAGCUGGACAAAUAUGUAUCAUAAUUGAAGAUGUUGUGACUUCAGGAUCUAGCGUGUUAGAAACUACAAAUGAUUUACGCAAAGAAGGUUUAAAAGUCAAUGACGCUAUUAUAAUAUUGGACAGAGAACAGGGAGGCAAAAAAAAUUUGUCUGAAAAUGAUAUACAAAUCAAAUCUCUAUUCACUAUGUCUACUUUACUAGAGAUUCUUUCACGAAAUGGUAAAAUUUCCAAAGAUGUUGCCAUUAAUGUAAAACAAUACAUCAGGGAUAAUAAAGCACCUCCCACAGAAAAUAAAAAAUUUGAACAUAGAAUGUUUCUGCCGUUUGAAAAGCGCGCGGAGCUGUCAUCAAAUAUGUUAGCGAAGCGACUAUUCAAUAUAAUGGCGACAAAGAAAACCAAUCUCUGCGUAUCUGUAGAUAUCACAUCCUCCACUAGUAUCCUGAAUCUUUUGGAAAAAAUUGGAGCACACAUUUGUAUGGUAAAAACGCAUGUAGACAUAAUCGAAGAUUUCACUUGGGACUUUGUGAUGCGGCUCAAGGAAUUAGCCGAAAGAUAUAACUUUAUGAUUUUGGAGGACAGGAAAUUCGCUGAUAUUGGCAAUACGGUGUCUUUACAACACCAAAAAGGACUAUUUAGAAUUGCAGAAUGGGCUGACUGUGUGACAUCACACUCCUUACCUGGCGAAGGGGUUUUAAAGGGUUUAGCUGCUGUACCUGCGGGCCCAACAUCAAGAGGAGUAUUUUUGCUGGCAGAAAUGAGUAGUGAGGGCAAUCUGAUCACUCAAGAGUACAAAGAUGUUACUGUAAGUAUGGCAGCCAGGUACCCCCACCUGGUGAUGGGAUUUGUUUGUCAAAAUAAAGACACUUUUAAAGAUCCCGGCUUUAUACAACUAACACCAGGAGUAAGACUUGAAAGUUCGAGGGAUGAUAUGGGGCAAGUUUAUAAUACUCCGGAAAAAGUUAUUGUUGAAAAUGGCGCUGAUGUGAUUGUUGUGGGACGAGGUAUUGUCACGUCCAAAAGCCCAGAAACCGAAGCGCUUAUUUAUAAAGACGCAUUGUGGAGGUGUUAUGAAAAGCGUGUUUCGGGUAAAUUAUUGUAAAUUUACUAACUCAAUAUAAUAAAAUUUCCAUUCCAAUAUUUAUAAUGUAAGAAAAAUAUCAGAUUUAUGUAUAACAAUUUGAAAAUUAAAUGCAUUUUUAUACAGCAGGCUGUGAUAAAAGUAAUUAUGGUGCUAUUUGUACCAUUGAAUCAAGUAAUAUACAAUAUUUAAGGCUUAAGCUAAUUAAUUAUCAUUGUCAAACACAUUGCCUGUGUUCAACGAAUCACCGAAAGUCUGGUGGAAGCCAUGUUAUAGAAAAGAAAGAAAGAAUACGUUUAUUUCUUUCUUUUCUAUAUUAUGGCUAAGUUGCUCAGGUCGAAAGAGAAAGAUGGAAAAAUUUAUGGGACCAAAAUAUAUACAGUCAUUAUAGGAUAGAAUAGAAUACCUAUUGAUGAGAUUUAGACCUUCAGAGCUUCUAAUACCCUUGGAGUGGUACAAUGUUGUUCCUGGCCAUCGUCGUCAUUAUUAUCAUCGCUAUCUUAACUGUUGACGAUGAUAUUUUGUACAUUAUUUUCAUCAAUCCGCUCCUAACUCGUAUCGAGAUCAUCAUCAAUGUGCCUGUGUUCAAUGUACUAAGUUGCUCAAGACACAAAGACAAAAAAUUGUGGGACCAAAAUAUAUACAGUCAUUAUAGGAUAGGAUAAAAUACCGAUUACUCUUUAUUGCAGAAAUUGUAAUAUCAGGAUCUUAAGCUUUAUUAUAGAUUGCUUAAAAUGAAACAUGGUUUACACACGUCUGAUCUUGGUUAUAGGACAUUAGAUAUUAGCAGUGUCUAUAUUUCUAUACAAAGUAGUGGUUCGUAUUGACUUUUGUUGUUAUUAAAUGUAUGUAAGUUUAAUGGCCAUGUUAUAAGCAAGGUCAACAAAUCAGGCACGUGGAUAUAUCUGUAUCUUAUUUAUAAUUACGUUAAAAUAUUCCUUAAAUAAUAUUUUGUGUCAAGCAACACCACACACUAUUUAUUUUUUAAUAUUUUCAAUGUAAGAAUUUAUGGAGACUAAGGGAUAAGCUUAUAUUAAAUUUAUCUUACCUCAUAAACUUGUGAUUCUUCAUUUAGGCGAUGGGGCUAGCAACCUGUCACUAUUUGAAUCUCAAAUCUAUCAUUAAGCCAAUAAGCUGAAUGUGGCCUUU